CCAUGGAAAUAACAAAUUAAUUCGGCAAAAGGAAUUUUAUAUAUUUUGGCUUGUGUGAGAAAAUAAAUAUAAAAAAGAAAAGUGGUGAGAAAUGGGGAGCCAAUUGGAACCAGGUUAUAGGUUUCCAGCACAGGCCCAAGAGGAGCAGCCAGGCAAAGAAUAUUUGAUGCACCCACUCCCCCAGUCCUUCAACCCUAACUAUAAGCCCUCCUCCAAGCUCCAAGGAAAGGUAGCCCUAAUAACAGGGGGUGACUCAGGCAUAGGAAGGGCAGUGUCCUACUAUUUCACAUUAGAGGGUGCAACUGUGGCCUUUACAUAUGUUAAAGGGCAAGAGGAUGAGGACAAGGACCAAACUCUCAAGAUGUUAUAUGGAAUUAAGGCACAGGGAGCAAAAGACCCAAUUGCUCUUCCCACUGAUGUUGGGUCUGAAGAGAAUUGCAAACAGGUUGUUGACCAAGUUUUAAGUGAAUAUGGGCAGAUUGACAUUUUGGUUAACAAUGCUGCUGAGCAAUAUUAUUCCACUACCAUUGAAGAUAUCACUCAAAGUAGACUUGAGAGGGUCUUUAAAACCAACAUUUUUUCUCACUUCUUCAUGUCAAGGUUUGCUUUGAGGCACAUGAAGGAAGGGAGCUGCAUCAUAAACACAGCAUCACUUGCAGCAUAUCAAGGGAAUCAAACCCUGCUGGACUACAGCUCAACCAAGGGGGCCAUUGUCGCGUUCACGAGGAGCUUGUCGCAGCAACUGAUAAGCAGAGGAAUACGCGUGAACGCGGUGGCCCCCGGUCCGGUGUGGACCCCGCUGCAACCGGCGUCCAUGCCUGCGGAGAAGAUUGCAGAGCUUGGGAGUGAAGUGCCCUUGGAUAGGGCAGCUGAGCCUUAUGAGAUUGCUCCUUCUUAUGUCUUCUUGGCUUCCAAUGAUUGUGCUUCCUACAUCACUGGCCAAGUUGUGCACCCUAAUGGUGGUUCCAUUGUGAAUGCUUGAUCUGGACUCCCAAAAUAUUUUCUCCGUUUUUAAAUAAUUGUCUACUAUGAUCUUUAAUAAACAAUAAAAUUUGAAUGAAUGUAGACGAACAUU